UUUGAGACAUGCCGACAUGCCAAAGAUGGAGACAGAAUGUUGAUGUGCAGAAACUGUUUUCCCCAAGUCUAGGAGCCAAGCUCUCGGGAUCGGGGACAUAUAUGGGGGGACAUGUGCAAUUCCAGGGAACGUGUGUGAUCGUAGCGGGCGUGUGGUGCUGGCAGCCACGUUAAUCUGAUUAAACUAAGCCGCCCACUGGAGUAAAGCCAACAUGCCGGCGUCGGUGGAGGACCAGCUGCGAUCUGCGGAGAGCGCUCUGUCGUUUCUGCGGUCGGAACACAGUCGCACGCUCGCAGGGCUGCACGAGGAGAUCGAACGACUGCAGACCAGAUGUAAAGAACUUACUUUUAGUCUUACUCUGCAAUCUUCCCAGAGUCAGACAAGGGCAAAGGAGCAUGAUUCACUUCACCAUGGGACAAAGAAAUCUUGGAGAAAGGAGCUGUUCGACCCUGAGAGCGUGCUGUCCCAUCCAGCAUUUACCAUGACAGCACGGGACAGCUCUAUUUCCAGAGGAGCACCCGACAGCGCCAGGACAGCCGUUGGUCAGGAGAGGGACCAGCUCCAGUCGAUGAUUGAAGAGAAGGAGAAGAAAAUCUACUACCUUGAGCGGGAGCUGCGGCUGAGAGAGGACUCGUACCUGGCUGAACUCGCACGGAAAAACCGCCAGGUGGCGCUUUUGACAAGAAGACUUCACUCGCGUCCGGCAGCCAUUGUGCAGAUCUCCCCGCGAGUUGUGCGUAAAACAAAAACAAGAAAAGCCAGCGAUGACGCAAACAACCACCCCGUUGGCGAGGAAUCUGUUCCAGGCCAGGAGACCGUUGGUGUGAACGGCUGUGGUGACAACCAGUCCGGGCUACAGAAGAAACCUUCCCAAACCAAGCUGCCAAGCUUGAGCACGAGUUUGCCAUCAUUUCCUCCACAGGACAGAACUUUGUCGGCUGUAGCCCGCCGCGGGAAGGCGGGCAGUGCGCACGUGGGGAGUAGAGCGAACGGUAAACCAACCCCUGCCACAAAACCAGACGUCGACCACAGCAGCCGUCAGUCCAGUGCCAAGACCACACGCAGCCAGAGGGUGAGCGCAAGCAGUACUGCGUCCAGGAAACCUCCUCAACAAGGAGGUGGCAAAGCCCCCGAACCCUCGCCAUUCAUCGUGGACAUUCCAACAGAGCUGUUCCUCCAGAUCCGCCCCGCGCCCGCCAUCCUGCCACCGAUCGCCGGCCGGGGCAGACACGCGUGGAGGACGCGCCACAGGAGGUCGGUUCAGGCCAAACAUCGAGAGGCGGAGACAGAGCGCCCGCGGAAGCCCCCGCCUCCGGCCAUGGAGAGUAUCGCCGUAGACACCGUGGCAUCUCCUGGUGCAGAGCUGAUGACUCCUGUGGAACAGAGCAGGACUGACUGCAGCUAAGAUGGUUCUGUUGAAUGUUGAAAGAGACCUUUCAGUCCAAAAUCAUGUUCUCUAGAAGCACUAGUACAAUGUAAUUCAUUGCUUUCCACCAGUCCUGUCACAGUAUAGAGCAGAGAAUAGAGUCAUCAUGUUGAACAGAGGGGAACAGCAACCUUUGGGUUACAAAAGUUUGUACUAUUAUCUGUAACUAUUUUCCGACUUCAUCAACAAGCCAUAACAUCGACUUUAUCAACAAGACAUUGUACAGUAUAUAACUAUACAAUGUACCUCUAUAGUCUCAUGAAGUAUUGUGCAAGCCUUCAUAACACAGGACAAAACAUGUACUUACAGACUAAAUAACUAUUAACCUUAAAUAUGGUAUGAUGUUAUGUUCAUGUAAAUCUAUUUGUUAGACUUACUAACUAUAUAGAUUUAAUGCUUACAAUAUGAUGGAUAG